AUGUGUAACAAGUCCAAUUACUCAUCCCCGAAAUGGUGGAAAGAAUCGGUUGUGUAUCAAGUGUAUCCUGCAAGCUUCAACUGCGGUAAAUCUACGACAAAUACCAAUGGAUGGGGUGAUGUGACUGGUAUUAUUGAGAAGGUUCCUUAUUUGGAGAGCUUGGGUGUAGAUAUUUCGCAGACGUCUAGAGAACAAUGCCUGACAUCUCUUUCCCUAGUCUAUACGUCCCCACAAGUCGACAUGGGCUACGAUAUCGCGGAUUAUGAAUCUAUCGAUCCGCGGUAUGGCACCUUAGCAGACGUUGACCUUUUGAUAAAAACGUUGAAGGACCAUGACAUGAAACUCAUGAUGGACCUGGUGGUUAAUCAUACAUCUGAUCAACACUCUUGGUUUGUCGAGUCAGCUAACUCCAAAGAUUCUCCAAAACGUGAUUGGUAUAUCUGGAGGCCGGCCAAGGGAUUCGACGAGGCCGGGAAUCCAGUUCCUCCAAACAAUUGGGCACAGAUCCUGGGCGAUACACUCAGCGCUUGGACUUGGCAUGCGGAGACUCAGGAGUUCUAUUUGACUUUGCACACGUCAGCGCAAGCAGAGCUCAACUGGGAGAAUCCAGACGUUGUCACCGCUGUUUAUGAUGUUAUGGAGUUUUGGCUGCGUCGUGGGAUCUGUGGUUUUCGCAUGGACGUCAUUAACUUCAUUUCCAAGGACCAGUCUUUCCCAGACGCCCCGAUCAUCGAUCCAGCCUCCAAAUACCAGCCCGGCGAGCAGUUCUAUACAAAUGGGCCACGAUUCCACGAGUUUAUGCACGGAAUCUACGAUAAUGUUUUAUCCAAGUACGACACCAUCACUGUUGGGGAAACCCCCUACGUCACUGAUAUGAAGGAGAUCAUCAAGACGGUGGGCUCCACGGCAAAAGAGCUUAACAUGGCAUUCAACUUUGAUCACAUGGAAAUUGAAGAUAUCAAAACCAAAGGGGAGUCCAAAUGGAGCUUGCGCGACUGGAAGUUGACCGAGUUGAAAGGCAUUUUGUCCGGCUGGCAGAAACGAAUGAGAGAGUGGGACGGCUGGAACGCCAUCUUCCUGGAAUGUCACGAUCAGGCGCGGUCGGUCUCCCGGUACACCAACGAUUCGGAUGAGUUCAGAGACCGGGGAGCCAAAUUACUAGCCCUUCUGGAGACGACGCUCGGUGGGACCAUUUUCCUUUAUCAGGGUCAGGAGAUCGGCAUGCGCAACUUUCCUGUUGAGUGGGAUCCCGACACCGAGUACAAGGACAUUGAGUCGGUCAACUUCUGGAAGAAAUCCAAAGAGCUCCACCCUGUUGGCUCUGAAGGCCUGGCCCAGGCUCGGACGCUCUUGCAGAAAAAGGCCAGGGACCACGCCCGCACCCCGAUGCAAUGGAGUGCUGACCCACAUGCGGGCUUCACAGUCCCUGAUGCGACACCUUGGAUGAGGGUGAAUGAUGACUAUGGGACAGUUAAUGUGGAGGCACAGAUGUCUUUCCCGUGGGAAAUGAAAGGUGAACUAUCAGUGUGGCAGUACUGGCAGCAGGCAUUGCAACGCCGAAAGCUACAUAAGGGUGCUUUUGUUUAUGGCGACUUUGAGGACCUGGACUACCACAACGAAUUGGUCUUCGCGUAUUCGAGGACUAGUGCGGAUGGAAAGGAGACCUGGCUUGUUGCGAUGAACUGGACAACGGAUGCAGUCGAAUGGACGGUUCCUUCAGGCAUCCACGUCACACGCUGGGUCUCCUCGACGCUCCAGACUGCCCCGCUUAUGGCGGGCCAGUCGACCGUCACGCUCCGAGCCCUGGAAGGUGUCGUUGGGUGUUGUAGUUAG